AUGGCACCUAUCGAGCGCAUCACUCUUUUCAACGUCCCCAAGGCGGAAGACCGCAAGCGCCUGCUGGAGCAGUACAAGGUGCUCGCGAAGACCGCAACCAAGGAUGGCAAGCCCUACAUCGUCGCCGCUGCCGUCGGCGAAUCCUUCGACGACCCUCGCAACAAGGGCUUCAACAUCUCCGUCAAGACUACCUUUGCCUCACUGGAUGAUAUGAAAUACUACGAUACCGAAUGUGAAGCGCACAAGGCACUGAAGGCUGUUGCUGGCCCCGCCAAGACUGAUGUUUUGACUACGUACUACGAGAGCGUUCUGUGA